AUGAGCGCCCUUCCGUUCGACGUAAAGAAGAUCGCGGUCAUCGGCGGAGGCCCCACGGGUCUCGCUGCCGCGCGGUACCUCGAGGCACAGGGGAGCUUCGAUUCCAUUGUCGUUUUCGAGCAGCAGGCCGAAGUAGGCGGCGUCUGGAACUAUAGCGAGCACCCGACGACUUCUCUCCAUGUCCCCCAGACGGAUCCGUUUUGUCCGCAGGACCCUCCGAUCCGGCCUAAUCCCGAUGAGCCUCCCGUGUUCCCCACCCCGAUGUACGGCACGCUCCACGCCAACACCGUCAAGACGACUAUGCUCUACAAGGACACGCCGUUCCCUGAUGAUGCAUGGAUUUUUCCCUCGAGGCAGGCCAUUUACGAGUAUCUCGUGAGAUAUUCAAAAGACGUGAGACACCUCAUCAAGUUCUCUCACCAGGUCAAGACGCUCGACCUCCGAGAGGAGAAUGGCCGGGAUAAGUGGGUCAUAACGGCAGCUUGCACCGUCACCGGCCGGGUUUUCAGCGACACAUACGACGCCGUCGUCAUAGCGAACGGGCACUACGACGUGCCCUUCAUUCCGGAUGUCAAGGGCAUCAAGGCCUACCACGAAGCUCACCCCAGCGCCAUCUUGCACUCCAAGAACUACCGGGUGCCGGAGCCUUUCGCUGGGCAAAAGGUGAUCGUGGUCGGCAACGGACCUUCGGGCCUCGACAUCGCCCGCCAAAUCAGCCCGCUGGCGGACAAGGUGCUGCUCUCGGUUCACCAUCCGACUCCACCAGACAAGGUGGAUCACAUCGGGGUCAUCGAAGUACCCGCGAUUGCAGAGUACCUGCCGGAGAAGAAGGCAGUCCGUUUCGACGACGGAACCAUCGAGGAGGACAUUUCUACCGUCAUCUACUGCACCGGCUUUUUCUUCAGCUUCCCGUUUCUCCCGGAAGUCCUGAAGCCGAACCUAUUGACGACCGGCAAAGGCGUCAGAAACUUGUACCAGCACCUGUUCCUCAUCAAGCACCCAACCCUGGCCUUCGCCGGCCUGUUGGUGAAAACGGUCCCGUGGCCAUUGACCGAAACACAGGCUGCUGUCCUCGGGGCGGUUUGGUCGAACAAUUUGAAACUCCCGUCCAUCGAAGAACAGGAAGAUUGGGAGCUUGCGCUCUUCAAGAGACGCGGCGACAAGAACAUACACGUGCUCGUCGACGACGGCGACGAUGGUCGUUUCCUCAACUCGUUGCACGACUGGGCGAUAGAGUCGACGAAGCUUGGAAAGGAGCCUCCAUACUGGCAUGACGAACAGUUCUGGGAGAGGAGCAUCUACUACUACGCCAAGCAAGAGUUCGAGAAGCAGGGAGGAAAUGCCACGACACUCAAGGAGCUUGGAUUCGUCUAUCCGGGAAAGGGAAAGUGGAAGUUCCUCCCGUCUAAACUGUAG